GAUUGCUGGAGGUCUGAUCUGUGCGGCACCAUGGACUCGUCGGAAGAGACUGGCGGUUCCUCUGCAGAAGAGAACUACUUUGUGAACUACACCUUCACCGACCGCUCCCACUCGGGCCGCGUGGCCCAGGGCAUUAUGAAGCUGUGCCUGGAGGAUGAGCUCUUUGCCGACGUGACGAUAUCGGUGGAAGGCAAAGAGUUCCAGCUGCACCGCCUGGUCCUCUCGGCCCAGAGCUGCUUCUUCCGGUCCAUGUUCACCUCCAACCUAAAGGAGGCCCACAACCGGGUGAUUGAGCUGCAGGACGUCAGCGAGAGCGUCUUCCAGCUCCUCGUGGACUACAUUUACCACGGGACAGUGAAGCUGAGGGCAGAGGAGUUGCAGGAAACCUACGAGGUGGCAGACAUGUACCAGCUGACCGCCCUCUUUGAAGAGUGCUCCCGUUUCCUGGCCCGGACGGUGCAGGUGCGGAACUGCCUGCAGGUCAUGUGGCUGGCCGACCAGCACAGCGACACGGAGCUCUACGCCGCUGCCAGGCACUGUGCCAAGUCCCAUUUGUCUCAGCUGCAGGACACGGAGGAGUUCCUGCACCUGCCUCUGCGCCUGCUGACGGACAUCCUGACGGACGGGGUUCCGUGUUCUCAGAAUCCAGCGGCUGCCAUAGAAACCUGGAUCAACUUCAACAAGGAGGAGCGGGCAGGCUUCUCGGAGACGCUGCGGUCCAGUCUGAAGGUGGUUGGAGAGAACGUUCACAUCUACCUGAUCGGGAAGGAGUCGUCCCGCACGCAUUCGCUCGCCGUCUCCCUGCGCUGUGCCGACGACGACUCCAUCAGCGUGAGCGGCCAGAACAGCCUGUGCCACCAGAUCACCGCCGCCUGCAAGCACGGCAGCGACCUGUACGUCGUGGGCGGCUCCAUUCCGCGGCGCAUGUGGAAGUGCAACAACGCGACCAUCGACUGGGAGUGGUGCGCCCCUCUGCCCCGCGACCGGCUCCAGCACACCCUCGUCUCCGUGCCCAGCAAGGAUGCGAUCUACUCCCUGGGGGGGAAGACUCUGCAGGACACUCUCUCUAAUGCCGUCAUCUAUUACAGAGUGCGAGACAACGUCUGGACGGAGACCAGCCAGCUGGAAGUGGCAGUGUCCGGAGCUGCGGGCGUGAACCUGAACGGCGUCAUUUACCUGCUGGGCGGGGAGGAAAACGACUUGGACUUCUUCACCAAGCCCUCUCGGCUAAUCCAGUGCUACGACACCAACACGGAGAAGUGCCACGUGAAGCCCUACGUGCUGCCUUUUGCGGGGCGCAUGCACGCGGCGGUGCACAAGGACGUGGUUUUCAUCGUGGCAGAGGGGGAUUCGCUGCUGGGCUACAACCCGCUGCUGGACAGCUUCACCCGGCUGUGCCUGCCCGAGGCCUGGGGCUCCGUCCCCUCCCUCGGGAAGAUCGCCAGCUGCAACGGCAGCAUCUACGUCUUCCGCGACCGCUACAAAAAGGGCGACGCCAAUACUUUCAAACUCAACCCGGCCACCUCGGUUGUGACGGUCACGAGCGGCAUCAAAGUGCUGCUCACUAACCUGCAGUUUGUCCUGGCCUGA